AUGCUCACAUCCGUUUUCUUGAGCCAAAAUUCUAAAAUACUGAAAGUAUGGGAAGAAGCUCUGACUGUGUUUGACGCAGACGGAAAUCCAGUGAGCCAGGACGAAGUAAACGAACUAAGCGCUCUAGAAUGGGAAGACAUCAUCCCAACAGCCUCCCGCUACUCCAAAGAAAGCAAAGACUCGAUCGAUCCAAAUACCAGCCUCUAUGACUUCUUCCUCCACAAGUCACAAAAUUUAUUCCAGGACCAGCCCGUCGAGAUAGCCGAGCAAAAACGAGCGAAACUCCUACAAAUGGCACAAGGCUGGGGAGCAUACAUUGGCAGUCCCAUACAUCGACAAAGCCUAAAGUAUUUCUGGCUGGAAGAGUGUCUGGAAGGAGAAAAUCCCUUUGUAGCUGGAACCUAUCGCAAGAUUCUAGAAGCAAUAUCCGAGGCCGCGAAGAAACAUGCGGAAAUUCGACUACGUUGCGAAGUUGUUGAGAUUCUAUCACGGAGAAUAUUGGGAGAUGAUCAUGUUCCGUCUCAACCUCCUAGAGUGAAGCUUGCAGAAGGAACUGUCUUGUCUUUCGAUGCGGUCGUUCUGACUACACCAUUAGGCUGGCUGAAAGAGAAUAAAGCUGCUUUCAAACCUACUUUGCCCAAGGAAAUGUCCUUGGCGAUUGAUAGUAUCUCAUACGGACACCUCGAUAAGGUAUAUCUCACCUUCCCAACGGCAUGGUGGAAGAAAUCGUCCGAAGCGAGCGAAACAUCAUCCACCACGAAGAGCAAUGAUAGCACAAACCACCCCCCUCAAGUUUUCACCUUCUGGCUACAACCCACCUAUGCACCCUCAACGAACCCCCAGCAAUGGCUACAAGAAUGCGUAGAUCUAACAACUCUCCCCCCAGAAUCCUCUCAUCCAACCCUGCUAUUCUACAUCCAAGGCCCCCAGAGCAAAUACAUAGCAAAUCUCGUAAAUUCCUCCACCGGCAGCGACAAAGAUCGAGAUGAAAAAUUAAUCGACUUCUUCCUCCCCUACAUCUCAAAACUUCCCGGAUACAAUGAGAGGAAACGGGAAUGUAAACCCAGUGCCGUCAAGGCUACAUCUUGGACGAGUGAUAAAUUCGCAGGAUUUGGAUCUUAUAGUAAUUUUCAAGUCGGGUUGGAGAAUGGGGAUUUACAUAUUGAGAUGAUGCGAUAUGGGAUGCCUGAGAGGGGGAUAUGGUUUGCUGGAGAGCAUACGGCGCCUUUUAUUGCGUUGGGAACUACGACGGGGGCUUAUUGGAGUGGAGAGGGGGUGGGGAAGCGAAUCAUCGAGACAUUUGAAGAGGGAACGAAGGUGUAG